CUCAAGUCGACCGCGUUUCUCCUCCUGAUCUUCGCUCUCACAGUCUCUCAAAGACUAAGAAAUAAAACACACUCUCUCAUUCACUGGAGCUCCGUUUCCGAGCGCUGGGAAUAAAGCUUCAUUCACGUUUGGACUCAAAGUCUUGUAAUUGCUCGUAUUUUUUUUUCUUUACAAUUCUUCUUUCUGUGAGGGGGUUAAAGGUGUUUCAAUAUGAUGUUCAUGCAUGUUCUCCUGCGCGCUGCUUUUGGAUUAUUCUGCGUCGGUCUCGUCGCCUUUGUCCAGGAGCAAGCCGCCGCUUCUGCCAACAGAAACCCGCAAGCAGAUGUGGACGAGUGCGCCGAAGCCUUGGACAGCUGCAGUAUCGAUGCCAUCUGCCAGAACACCCUAAAGUCAUACAAAUGCAUUUGCAAAUCAGGAUACAAGGGUGAUGGAAAACAUUGCGAAGAUAUCGAUGAGUGUGCUAACGAAUAUAACGGAGGAUGCGUUCACGAUUGUAUCAAUAUCCCUGGAAACUACAGGUGCACGUGCUACGAUGGCUUCCGAUUGGCCCACGAUGGACACAACUGCCUGGAUGUUGACGAGUGCUCAGAAGGAAACGGUGGUUGCCAGCAGAUCUGUGUGAAUAUGAUGGGAAGUUACGAAUGUCGAUGCAGAGAUGGAUUUCUCCUGUCCGACAACCAGCACACCUGCAUCCAGAGGCCAAAAGUGCGUUUUAAUGGAACUAAAGAUGUGCCCACCUGCAUGGAUAAAAAUCACGGCUGUGCCCACAUUUGCAGGGAGACACCCAAAGGAAGUAUCGCCUGUGAGUGCAGACCAGGAUUCCAGCUCACCAAAAACAACAGAGACUGUAAAUUGACCUGUAACUACGGCAACGGAGGCUGUCAGCACAUCUGUGAGGAGAUGGACCAAGGGCCCAAAUGUUCAUGUCACAUGAAGUUUGCUCUUCACUCUGAUGGGAAGACCUGUGUUGAGGAAAGGAGUGUCCAACAGCAGCCACUGCAGCCACAGCUGUUACCCAAUGAGACGUGUGCAGUAAACAACGGAGGCUGUGACAGCACGUGUCAUGAUGCUGUCACAGGAGUUCGCUGUAGCUGCCCAGUGGGAUUCACCUUACAACUAGACCGCAAAACCUGCAAAGACAUUGAUGAAUGCCGUAUGAACAACGGAGGGUGCGACCAUGUGUGUAGAAACACAGUGGGCAGCUUUGAGUGCAGCUGCAAGAAAGGAUAUAAACUUCUGACCAAUGAGAGGACAUGCCAAGAUAUUGAUGAGUGCUCAUUUGAUCGGGCAUGUGACCACACGUGUGUGAACUCACCUGGAAGUUUUCAGUGCUACUGUCACAAAGGUUACAUCAUCUACGGUGUGGCUCACUGCGGAGAUAUUGAUGAGUGCAGCAUUAAUCGGGGCAGCUGUAAAUUUGGAUGUGUGAACACUCUGGGCAGUUACGAGUGUACCUGUCCUCCAGGCUACAAACUGCACUGGAAUAAGAAGGACUGUAUCGAGCUUUUGAAGUGUGCGUCCAGUCUUGUAGCACCCAAAGCCACCCUCACCUGUAACAAGAUGGGGAAAAAAGAGAGCUGCUCUCUCACCUGUGCAUCUAAAGCACAUUACCUGGCAGAAUCAGACAGCAGCUAUUCCGUUAGUUGUGGAAUACCCAUCCUACGAGGCAAAUCCCAGGCCAAAAUAAACACAAGCAGCAUCCAGAGCUGCAUAGAGACUCAGACUCCUCCAGUGAAGCAGACGGCGUCCUUCCGGAUCAAGAAUGCCAAAUGCCACCUGCACCCGAAGCUUAAGGGGAGGGCAGAGGACAACGGCAGACAGAUCGGGCCAGGCGGCCAACUAUGCAACAACUGCCUGGUCACGUUUGUUAACCUGAAGUGUGACUCGUCUAAGAAAGCCAAAGGUCGUCGAGCACGUAACCCGUCAAGCAAAGAGGUCACGCGCAUCACUCUGGAGCUGGAAGCCGAGGUCAAGCCAUCGGACACCACCGGGAACUGUAACAUGAUGUGUCAAAGGCAGCGCAUGGAGCAGCAGAUGAAGUCGUACAUCAAAGCCCUGAAGAAAUCCAUUAACCAGGAGCGUUUCCUGAUACGUGUAGCUGGACUAGAGUAUGAGGUCGCGCAGAAGCUCUCCCAGUCUGCACUGAGGCAAGAGAACUGCGGACCGGGCCGAGAGAAAGACAGCGGCCGCUGUGUCAGAUGUUUGCCUGGAUCAUACUACCAUGGUGAGCAGGAGCGCUGUGUCCAGUGCCCACCUGGAACAUUCCAGGAACGUGAAGGUCAGCUGGCCUGUGACCUUUGCCCUGGUGGAGACCGCCAUGGCUCAUCAGGGGCCCGCAACAUCACGUCAUGUGCAGGUCAGUGUUCACCCGGGUAUUUCUCCGGUGACGGGUUUAAGCCCUGUCAGCCAUGCCCCCUUGGUUCGUACCAGCCUGACCCAGGACGAACUCUCUGUUUCCCAUGUGGAGGGGGGCUCGGUACCAAAAGAGAGGGUGCCAGCUCCUUUAAUGACUGUGAGGUCAAAGUUUUGUGUUCUCCAGGUCAUUAUUAUAACACCUCAGUUCAUCGUUGUAUCCGUUGCCCUCAUGGAACCUACCAGGCUGAGUUCAGACAGAACUACUGCAUUUCCUGUCCUGGAAACACCACCACAGACUUUGAUGGGGCCAUCAGUGUCUCUCAGUGCAAGAAUCGAGAAUGUGGGGGUGAAAUCGGAGAGUUCAUCGGAUACAUCGAGUCACCUAACUAUCCGGGAAACUAUCCAGCCAAUAUUGAAUGUGUCUGGACCAUCAACCCUCCACACAAACGCAAGAUUCUGAUCGUUGUCCCGGAGAUCUUUCUCCCAUCUGAGGAUGAGUGCGGAGAUGUGCUAGUGAUGAGGAAGAACUGGUCAGCGACCUCGAUCACCACCUAUGAGACAUGUCAAACGUACGAGAGACCGAUAGCUUUCACUGCUCGAUCGAGACGCCUCUGGAUCAACUUCAAAUCCAAUGAUGUAAACAGCGCUCGAGGGUUCCAGAUUCCCUAUGUGACAUAUGAUGAGGACUAUGAGCAGCUGGUUGAAGACAUUGUAAGAGAUGGAAGACUUUAUGCAUCUGAAAACCAUCAAGAAAUACUCAAGGAUAAAAAACUCAUUAAAACUCUUUUCGACGUGCUGGCUCACCCUAACAAUUACUACAAGUACUCCACUCGGGACUCCACGGAGAUGCUUCCACGUUCCUUCAUACGUCUCAUCCACAGCAAAGUCUCUGCCUUCCUGCGUCCAUACAAAUAGCCCAAAAGCAUAGUCCACCUCCACACACCUUCAGUCACCUGGCCUCGAGUCAACAGGAUCCUACACACAUUUAAAGGAAAUAUGCACACACACAACCACACUUAAUGACAUCACACUAUGCAGAUUUCAAAUGUUUCACUUGUCCUUUUUCUUUUUUAUACUUGUCGGUUAUCUGUGAGGGGGGAAAAGCUGUGUAGUCUAAUGUAACGCAGUGGUUUCAAACCAAACACCAGCUUGACUAAAGUGUUUCUCGCUGUUAGACCUCUCUAUCCACGUCGGCCACAACUCUGUGCCGUCGAUGUUUUUGUUCAGUUUGCACGCUUAGUCCGUAGAGGCAUCUUCGUAGAGUAAAACAACGUUUUGGGUGGUCCUACAUCCCAGUUUAAGUUUAAACACCCGUCUUGUUUUUCACGGAGAUGAUUUGAGUUAAAGAGCGUGUUGUACAGACAAAAGAAAGUUGUAGCAUGUAAAAGAAAUUAUAUAUUUGUUGAACUGGAGCUAGCUGUGACUGUGCUUUAAAAAUAGUGUUUUUCCCCCCCAGGUUCCAGCUCUUAAAAACUCCAGUUGUUCUCAAACUAAACGUACAAUCUUUUGUAUAUCUGUACUCUUAGUGUGCUCUCUGUAAGACCUAAUUCAUAUCAAGCAUUUCACAAUGUUAAAGCAUUAUAUUUGAGCUCCUAGAGCUUACACGUAAUCUCUAAUGGUCGUGCUGUUACUGUAAAACAGUAGUAUUUUGUCUGAUCAGAUUGUAUUAUUGUCAAUUGCAUAUUCGUCUGUUUCCUAAUAUUCAAGUUAAUUUAAAAAGGCGUAAAAGAUGUGCAUUAUGAAAAAGGCUUGGGUGAUGGAAAGGUUGGUUGGUAUUUUAAAAACAGUGGACUGUUAAUACUCUGUUCUGUGAGAGACCAAAACAGAAAUGGGUUUUUUUUGCAGGACAUGCAAUUGCUGCUUCUUCAGAAACGUCACUUUAAGCCUUUCGGUUUUGCCUAAUGCGAUUCUAGAAAUGUCCUCCCCUACGAAAAAGAGCAAUCGAGGGGCCGAACGCUUUCACAGGUUGGAAGUAAUGUUUUCAUAAUGCAGAUAUGAAUCACUGAUAAACGCAAACCACAGGUUGACACGGAUGGACGUGAUUGAAAAACCAAACAGCAUGUCUACACAUUUCAGUCCUGACCAGGACGAAACAACAGUGUUUUGCACAUCACUUUAACCAUCCAGAGGAGCAGCGUUCAGUCUACAGGUGUUAAGUUUCACUGGACCUCAGUGAUAUUUGCUUGUAGGUGCCUGAAGUACAAAGUCUGUGGAUGUCGACUUUUAUGAGUGUUUCCUGUAUUAAUUAUGAACCCAUUAGUAUCCCUUAUGAAUAUGUUUUUAAGUCACAAACUAGAGCCCUUUACAUAAUGUGUUGCACCGUGUCCUAACCAGGUGCAACACGAUGAAGCGGCAAGCGAUAAAAUCUCUUCCAUGUCAACCAGCCGCGACCACAACAAAAGGCUGAUUGUCAUGCCAUGCAGCAGUUUUACUUUUGGUGUGAACGGAUAAAUAACUUGUCGCUUUGCACCUUGUUAGGACAUGGUCUUAUGUAGCAAAGACUAUGACUUUGAGAAGGUCAAACCAUACCCAGUUUUGAUCUGUAAACGUUUGUAAACAGAAAAGGACCGCUCACUGGAUGGUCAUAAUGGUAGUUUGUUGUUGUCUUUUUUGUAUAUUGUAAAUAUUAAAUAAACGUAGACUAAUUGGAGUCUGAGAGAUAAAUCAAGACAUAAGACCUUGUAUUUAGAAACAUGCCUCUGUAACCCCCCCCAUCCCGCCCUUUCAAAGCCUGAUGCUGUCAAAAAGAGGCUGGGAUCAAAUUUGAACAACAAGGCCAAAAUAUACAAAAUAUACUCCAUGCAUGUGUGCAAACGCAAAGGCUUGGACGACCCGUUGCAAGCACACAUUCCCAUUGUACAUACUUAACGUGUGUUUUUUGCGAUACUCAAUGCAGUAACAAACCUCAAUAUUCAAGGCAGCCAUUGAGUUUCUGCACCAAUAAAAUGGAGGAAGUGUUAUUCAGAGAGAUUGCUAUAAACAUGCUGACGUAAAAGGAAUAUUACAGGUUCAAAACAAGUUAAGCUCAAUCGACAGCAUUUGCGGCAUAAAGUUGAUUACCACAAAAAAAUAUAUAUAUUUUGAAAAAUAUUGCCAAAUUGCGGUUACAGUGAGGCACUUACAAUGGAAGUGAGUGGAGACCAUUUUUGGAGGGUUUAAAGGCAGAAAUGUGAAGCUUAUAAUUACAUGAACUCUUCUGUUAAAACUUAUUAUUAUUAUUAUUUGAGCUGUAAAGUUGUUUAUAUCAUCGUUUUUGCGGGAUUACGGGGUUUACGGUGUUACGGUCACAUUGUCAUGGCAAUGAAGUUGUAAAAUUAAAUAUAACUUUACACAAAAAUGCUAUUAAGCGAUUUAAUCACACUAAAAUGCAUUCUUGUGGAUGCACUUUUGUAAUAGAUUGGCCCCAUUCACUUCUAUUGUAAGUGCCUCACUGUAACCCAGAUAUUUGCAUUUAUUAAGAAAAGGAGGGACUAGUCCAAGUACAUUUUUGUGGUCAUCAACAUUAUGCAAUAAAUGCUGUUGAAUGCACUUAACCGGAAAACUUGCUCAGCAGGAUUCGCUUUAAACCAUUUCUGCACAGUGACAAAAGCUGACCUGAAAGAAAAAAACUGACCGUAGAAAAAGAGAGUUUACGUUAAUGCCCAGUUGCGAAUUUGCGUUGUGUUAUGAACUGCGGUUUGACGUUUCAAAUGGCAACCAAACAUGAAUUUGAGCAUGCAUAGCUUGAAGCGUUUGUCUUCACACACUUGCGUUGAGUAUGUUUCAGGCCUAUUUCUGUGCAAGUAAAAAAAAUUAUAUUUUUGGAGUUCAUUGUUCAAAGCUGGCUCCAGAUGUGAUCCGACCAUGCUGAUCGAACUUUUGACCCAAACUUACUUCCAAAGACUGUCCACCACCCCAAUGGCCAUUAACGUACAAGCACACAGAUGAUCAGGAGCGGUUCUAGCUUGUAUGGCACCCUGGGUGAAACCCGCUUCAGCACACCCCCAAAGGGGGGGAGGGGGGGGUUGCGGUUGUGGUAUGUGGUGAUGAUUUUAAAUGAGAUGGCUGGUGGAGUUCAAGGCCCCCCGGGGCACCUCGUGCUGCCACCGACAAGAUGCCCAUGUCGCCCAUGCCUAAAUUCGCCACUGCAGACGAUCCCACCCCGGUUUCGUUUUUUUGAAGUGCAGUGACAAACAGAAAAUCUAACCAACAAUGCUUAAUCGUUUUAGGUAUUAUGUACAUUUUUGAAUCUAUAACAAGUGUCGCAAAUAUAAAUGUUGAACUCUAAAUAUGAUCAUAUACAGUAGAAAGUAAAAGAAAAACAACACAACUUGGGUUGACCCAAUAACAAGUAUAGUACUGUCAAUAUAGUCCCAUUUACAGAAACUAAAGUUCUUUUGAGUCACUGUGUAUCACUAAACAUGUCAAGUACUCUGUUGCAGCACUGUUGGAUAGAAGUCUCUGUAAAAGGAUGGGUCAUAUGCGAAGUAGCCAUAAGUGCCAUGAAAUAAAAAAUUAAUGGCAAAGUAGUCAACAUUGUCUUUUGAAUGUUCAAUAAAGGAAAUGCAGAUUAUUAGUUACUCUAACUUGUCAUUAGCGGUCUGUGACUGCUGCUUUAUUUUUAUAAUUUCCUUUGCGCAACCAAAAUUUUCCAAUUUUCAAGCAACUUUAAAAUACAUUGUAUCAAAUCACAUUCCAGUUUCUAUUUUUAUUUUUAUGUUGUUGUUUUUAUUUUCUGUUUUUUCUGUGUUUUAUUUUCCCCAUUUUUCAAUAAUGUUUUUUUUAUGUAUUAAAGUUUUGGAGGAAAAGAAAUGACAUUGCCACAAUGAUUCAUGGGAUGGUAUUUGCACUUGAUGUCUGGAUUUUGUAUUGUCUUUUUAAAUGAAAGAAA